AUGUCAUUCUCAACAGCUUUGUCUAAUUCAUGCACUCUCCAAAGUAGUUUAUUUUGUGCACAAAAACCAAAUCCACUAUCACUAAGGACAUCAAUUUUACCAACCCAAGUUGGGAACAAAAUUGUUUAUCAACCUCUAAGGAAUAAUAAAGUUUUUUCACCUAAUAGAUGUGUGAGGAAAAUAGAAGCAUCACUUAAGUGGGAAAAGGGUUAUAAGAAUGUUGAGAUUUUCAGUAAGGAACAUCUUGCUGUGUCCUUGGCUUAUGAUGUUGCUCAACUUUCAACCAAGUUUACCAAAGAAAGAGGUGCUUUCACUGUUGCUUUGUCUGGUGGAUCUUCGAUCAAGUACCUUAGGAAAUUGGUUGAUUCUCCCUAUGCUGAAACUAUAGAUUGGUCAAAAUGGCAUGUUUUUUGGGUUGACGAGAGGGUUGUCCCAAAGGAUGACUUAGAUAGUAAUUAUAAGCUUGCCAAUGAUGGAUUUCUCUCCAAGGUGCAAAUUCCCCGUCUCAAUGUUUACUCUAUUGAGGAUUCCCUACCACCUGAUGGAGUGGCAGAUGCUUAUGAGACAACCCUAAGACGCUUGGUUACUAACAAUGUGAUAGCCACAUCAACUAAUGGGUUACCAAAAUUUGAUCUCAUGCUCCUAGGUAUGGGUCCAGAUGGACAUGUUGCAUCUUUAUUCCCAGGUCAUUCUCUUCUCAAUGAGGAUGAGAAGUGGGUUUCUUUCCUCACUGACUCGCCAAAACAACCAUCUAAGAGAAUCACUUUCACAUUUCCAGUGAUCAAUGCUUCUUCCAAUGUAGCACUGGUUGUUACCGGCGCGGGUAAAUCAACUGCAGUUUACACUGCACUUGAGGAUGAUGCACAAACUGUUAAGUUGCCUGUUGAAAUGGUUUCACCUAAUGAAGGGGAAUUGAAAUGGUACUUGGACAAAGGUGCUGCUUCAAAACUGUUUAAGGAGUAG